GCACCAUACCAAGAAGCUUCUACCGAAGUUCUGGAGGUCUUUCUAAGAGAUCCGGUCUCUUUGGCCUAUUCUGCGACUUCCUUCGGACCGGGGACCGGCCAUCGAGCGCCUCCAAUGACGCUGUGGGCCAUGGACGUGGCUGCGGGAUCCAGAUCUUGAAAUUGAAAAGAUAAAAAGAUCCGCAACUCCUCACGUGUACGACCUUAUAUAAGCAAGCAUGUGUUGCAGUUGUGAGCAUGGAUCACUCUUUUCGAUCUCCUUGACGCUAGAACCACUUUUUAGCGCUCGGGAUCAUCCGCAUUCGCCUGGACAAAGGCCAUCUAUUGACAGACUCCUAGAAGCGAUAUCUUGAGUAGCUGAUCACUCACCCUCUUUUUCUGAAACUAGCGACUUCUCGAACUCCGAAUUCACAGCCACAGCAUGGACAGAACUAAUGGGACGUGGACUCUGGGCGUGUUUCUCUGUGCCCUGUGUAUCCUUUCCUCAGGACUGUGGACCCCUGCGAGCGCCAUGAAGAUGAAGAUGAAGGCCGUGAAUUUCACGUACUACCUACACGACGACUUCGUGCCGCCCAACGUUACGGCUGUAGCAGUGGCCGGCGCCAACGCCACUCUCACGGGCCCAUUUCAACUCGGCGAUAUCAUCGUCUUCGACAGCGUUAUCAGAAAGACAGCUUCCAAUGCUUCAGCUCAGAUCGGGCACCAAUCCGGCGUUUUAGUCUCACUCAACGAUCCAAGCAAGAAGUUCAUUUCUUUCGCGCUGGACAUCACGAUUCACGGCUACUCCGGAACCAUGUCAGGCUCUGCCAGGAUCGACUUCACCGCGCCGUCUUGGGAGGAGGCCAUCAGCUCUGGCACGGGCUCUUUCAGAGGAGUGUCAGGCUACUUGACAGUCAGCGCAGUGUCUCUCAACUCAGCUUUUCCCGUUCUCAAGUAUGAAGCAAAUCUCAUGCUUCCACAUCACUCUUACUGAUUCCAUCACUCGCGUUCGAAGCGACUGCAGUCGAGCUUAUGCCUACUUUGCGCAUUCGUGGAGCCCGGGAGCUGGCGGUUGCGCUCGUUUCCGUGUAAUUUUCCAUGAAGAAGUUAAAUUCACAAUUAUGCACCCGGUGGUUCUCAGACAUCAUAUUCAUUCUUCUCCUGCACCCCUUUGCUCAGUACUCGCUCCAGUUUGCUGUGUGCCCAUGCGUGAUCCACGCAGCAUACGAUCCCAGUGACAAUGCUGCCUUCGGACUCAUGGAUGUCCCGCGUGCAUGCUCACCGAUAGAUUCCUUCAAAUCGUACUAACAGAUCCUUCUCUGCGGUGAUCUGUCCGUUUAGUGAGGAGAAUGAAGUAGUAACAGGAUCGAGCUGGUUCUCAGGUCGGUAGUGUUCUGUUGUUCCCUGAUAACAAAAAGAGAGCCAGACUUAGUACUUAUAUGUAUAAGAUCGUGGUACUGCAGGAAACCUUCUCUUUCUUGAGGGGAUUUAACAAGCAACUUGUUUCAUGCAACCCAUUGAGGAAACAGAAGUAACGAGACUACUGGACUCCGUGACUUUGAAUCUUUUACUUUUCGGGUAUUGUGCUAAGAUGUACCACCAUGGCUCCAAC